GCACGGCCCCUAGGCGGGCGCGGCGAGGUAGCGGCAGAGUCGACCUGCGGGUUCCAGGAUCCCCAGCAGGAGCUGCGGGCUCGAGGGCAAGACAGCUGCGGCAGGAACGGGGCGCAGCGGUGGGGUCCGAGAUAAAGGCUGGACCCUAGGCACAAAACAAAGCCCUACUUUGCAAACGUGCAGCGGCUCGAGGACCUGAAGGCAGUUCUUCCUGCUUCAAGAUGGAAAAUAGUACAACUACCAUUUCUCGGGAGGAGCUGGAAGAAUUACAAGAAGCAUUUAAUAAAAUAGAUAUUGACAAUAGUGGGUAUGUGAGUGACUAUGAACUUCAAGACCUGUUUAAGGAAGCAAACCUUCCUCUGCCUGGCUACAAAGUACGCGAGAUUGUGGAGAAAAUUCUAGCAGUUACUGACAACAACAAAGAUGGCAAGAUCAGCUUUGAAGAGUUUGUGUCACUAAUGCAAGAAUUAAAAAGCAAAGACAUCAGCAAAACAUUCCGAAAAAUAAUUAACAAGAGGGAGGGGAUUACUGCUAUUGGAGGAACUUCAUCCAUUUCCAGUGAGGGCACCCAGCAUUCUUAUUCAGAGGAGGAAAAAGUGGCUUUUGUUAACUGGAUAAACAAAGCGCUGGAGAAUGACCCUGACUGUAAACAUCUCAUACCCAUGAAUCCUAGUGAUAGCAGUCUUUUCAAAUCUCUUGCAGAUGGCAUCCUUCUUUGCAAAAUGAUCAACUUAUCUGAACCAGAUACAAUUGAUGAAAGAGCUAUUAAUAAGAAAAAGCUCACCCCUUUCACUGUUUCUGAAAACUUAAACCUAGCCCUGAAUUCUGCCUCAGCCAUCGGUUGCACGGUGGUUAACAUUGGUGCACAGGAUCUCAAAGAAGGAAAACCUCACUUGGUCUUAGGACUUCUCUGGCAGAUCAUCAAAGUUGGUCUUUUUGCUGAUAUUGAGAUUUCCAGGAAUGAAGCUCUGAUCGCCUUGCUGAACGAAGGUGAGGAACUGGAGGAGCUGAUGAAGCUUUCCCCGGAAGAACUGCUGCUGCGGUGGGUGAACUACCAUCUGACCAAUGCAGGGUGGCGUACCAUCAGCAACUUCAGCCAAGACAUUAAGGAUUCAAGAGCCUAUUUUCAUCUGCUUAAUCAGAUUGCACCUAAAGGUGACCGGGAAAAUGAACCUGCCAUUGCCAUUGACUUUUCAGGAUUUAAUGAGAAAAAUGACCUGAAACGUGCUGGAUUCAUGCUUCAAGAAGCAGAUAAACUAGGUUGCAGACAGUUUGUUACUCCUGCAGAUGUGGUUUCAGGCAAUCCUAAACUUAAUUUGGCUUUUGUAGCUAAUCUUUUUAACACAUAUCCAUGCCUACACAAGCCUGAUAAUAAUGACAUCAAUAUGAAUUUAUUGGAAGGAGAAAGCAAGGAAGAGAGGACAUUUCGGAACUGGAUGAAUUCCCUGGGGGUCAAUCCAUACAUUAAUCAUUUGUACAGUGACCUUGCAGAUGCUUUAGUGAUCUUUCAGCUCUAUGAUAUGAUCCGCGUGCCAGUCAACUGGGACCAUGUCAACAGACCGCCUUAUCCUGCUCUUGGGGGGAACAUGAAGAAGAUUGAAAACUGUAACUAUGCAGUGGAACAUGGGAAGAAUAAGGCCAAAUUCUCCUUGGUUGGCAUUGCUGGGCAGGACCUAAAUGAAGGGAAUUCAACACUUACUCUGGCAUUGGUAUGGCAGCUGAUGAGGAGGUACACAUUGAAUGUGUUAUCAGAUCUCGGAGAGGGUGAAAAAGUAAAUGAUGAAAUUAUUAUUAAAUGGGUCAAUCAGACUCUUAAAAGUGCAAAAAAAAAUACUUCUAUUUCCAGCUUCAAGGACAAAUCUAUUAGCACUAGUUUACCUGUUCUAGAUUUAAUAGAUGCCAUUGCACCAAAUGCAGUUCGUCAAGAAAUGAUCAAGAGAGAAGACCUUUCUGAGGAGGACAAGCUGAACAAUGCUAAAUAUGCCAUUUCAGUUGCUCGAAAAAUUGGUGCCCGGAUAUAUGCCUUACCUGAUGACCUUGUAGAAGUGAAACCAGAGAUGGUUAUGACAGUGUUUGCAUGCUUAAUGGGAAAAGGACUGAACAGAAUAAAAUAAUGAAACACUGAAUAUGAUUUUCUGCCACAUUGAAUGCCUCACAGUUUACAAAAAUCUGAAAUGUAGUGGGUAUAAAACCAGAGAUUAUUUAUAUGCUCAAAAUAAUUGUAUAAUUCAUUAGUGAAUUAAGUAUCUUGUUCAUACUAGUUAGAAUUUGUCAACCUUUUUGGAUAACACAAUUCAUUGUCCGGUCAAUACUGAUAAUAGAAUAUGCUCAUUAUCAAGCUGAAUAGUACAUGAUCAAAUGAUUUUAAUUUCCUGAAAAUCUCAUUAGAAGAUAAAUUCAUUCAUUUUCAUGGUUCAAAAAGAUCAAUACAGUAAUUUUUUGCAGGUCCCACUGUGAAAUGUGUUACGGUUUUUGUGUGUGUUAAUUUUGAUCAUAAAUGUGUUUAAAGUCAUAAUCCAGUUUAAUUUUUCAAUUAUUGUUUCUUCCAACUAUGUUGUCCAAACUUUUUCUGUAAAUUUCUAUAUUGUCUAAAUUUUUUAAGUGAUGAGUGUUGUUCAUUAACAUUAAACUUUUUAUAUAUAAGAACUAACUCUUGAAUAAACCCUGAAGUUCAUUCUUUUGUGUAAGCAGCAGGAGCUCUUUACUUAAAAUUUAAUUUUAACUGUGUUGAUACCUUACAUAUACUAGUUUGAUAAUACAGCUUUAAUUAUGAUAUGCAGCAUAUAUAUGUUGAAAGGAUGUUAGAGAAAUAUGCGUGUGUGUGUGUGUGUAUAUAUAUAUAUAUAUAUAUUUGCACCUGAAUUACCCCAGUUUUCUUAAAUGGUAUGUAUAAUUGGUCAGUCAGCCAACCAUUAAGUAUUUACUGUGUCCCUACUACAUGUGUAACACUUUUUAGUUUGCAGAUAUCUGGUACAUUAAGAUUUCUUUUAGAAAUAUUCAUCUUGGAUGUGCAUACAGUUAUUUCUCAACUGACUUCUUCCAAAUAUUUAUAAUCAAACAUUGGCUAAAAUAUCUCAAGAAGUGUUGACACUAUACUGUUAACUUCAUAUUACACAUGCUAAUUUUGGUCUAUGCUAAAGCCCUAAAUAAUUUAGAAGAUGCCCAUUGAAUAUCUUUAAUACAAAUUAACACAAACUAAUAUUCAACAUAGAGUAUUUUCAGUUUUUUCCAUAGCUCUUACAAACUGGCAAUAUUUGGUCAGUGUUUGUGUUAAGAA